UACUAUUUAUUUACAAAAAGUUUUUAAACAUGAGUAAACGUAAAGCACCUGAAUUUCAAGGGCCGAAUAGUGAAUUUUGUGAAUUUCUUUUAGAGCUUGCAGAUUAUGAAAAGAAUGUCAGUCGAAAUAUCCAUAAGUAUAAUGCGUAUUGCACAGCUGCAAGUACUCUUUCAAGACAUCCUGUUAAAAUUACUAGUGGAAAAGAAGCAAAAGCUCUGAAGGGUAUAGGGCAGAAAAUUGCAGAUAAACUUGAUGAAUUUAUCCAAACUGGCAAACUUAAAAAACUUGAAAUGAUACGAGCUGAUGAUACAAAUCAAGCAAUCAAUUUACUUACAAAAGUUACUGGCAUUGGACCUGCUACAGCUCAAAAAUUAGUAAGUGAUGGAAUAAAAACUAUUGAAGAUCUGAGAAAAAAUGCUGACAAAUUAAAUCAUCACCAGAAAAUAGGAUUGAAGUAUUUUGAAGAUUUUGGAAAGAAAAUUCCACGCGAAGAAAUCGAAGCAUUAGAGAAAAAAAUUGUGAAUCUUUGUCAUGCUGUGGAUAAAAGGUAUAUGAUCACCAUUUGUGGAAGUUACAGGCGAGGUGCUUCAGAGAGUGGUGAUAUUGAUAUUUUGCUCACACAUCCAGAUUACUCAUCUGCUGAUGUCAACAAGAGCGAACUUCUAAAACAAGUUCUAUAUAAAUUAGAAAAGUCAGGAUUAAUUGUGGAUCAUAUUUCUCGUGGAGACUACAAGUUUAUGGGAGUCUGUCACUUAGAUGCUAGCCAUCCUUUCAGAAGAAUAGACAUUGGGCUUUUCCCUCAUGAUCAGUACUUUUGUGCAACGCUAUAUUUCACUGGCAGUGGCUUAUUUAAUCAACAAAUGAGAGCUCAUGCUGUGGAGAAGGGGUUCACUAUAAAUGAGUACUGCAUCAGGCCCAUCAAUAAAAUAGGGACAUCUGGUGAACCUUUACCUGUCUCAUCAGAAAGAGAUAUUUUUGAAUACAUUGACUACCCUUACAAAGAACCUCAUGAAAGAAAUGUUUAAAUGUAUAUGUUUAUGUUUAAGUAUGUAUAUCAGUUGAUUUUGUAUAUUUCUAUGUAGAAUGUAUUGUAUUCUGAAAUGAAAUAUAUAUAGUUUGUUUUUAUUGUUCUGCCUUGUAAUUUUAUGUAAAUAUUUUUUUCUUCUUUAAUAAUGUAAAAAUCAUCCUAAUGAAUGGGAAUUUAUGAAAACAGAUACAAAGAUAAGUAAUUGUAAAAAUUUAACCUGUUGGACCUGUUUAAAUAUUUAUCUUCAUGAGCAAAUAAAGCCAUGCCACUCAGA